AUGCGGAAUGGACCUUCUACGAAUAGCAUCCUUUCCGGAGCCGAGUUCACUCCCGCACUGACAUCAGAUGAAGUCGAGAAAAUGCUCAAACACGACCCAAGAAUCCGAAGCCGAAGCAUUUUAAGGCAGCAGUCAGAAGAACCUGCCGACGAAAGGCCUCCCUACAGGAAGACGAUUUCUUUCGAAGGCGACGGUUAUAGCUUUUCUGAAAGCAGCGAGGAAGAAGAAAGUGACACCGAAGAAAUCAGGGAAGCGGAAGAAAGGGAACGUCAAGAACGAGAAGCUGAAGAAAAGAAGUUGUACGAUGCGAAAAUAAAGUUUUUGUCUCCUUUGAUGCUCGAGCACGAGCUGUCCGACGCUUUUCUCAAGUGGGCCUUGGACAAGGACUGCGACUUCGACGAGUUCAAAGUAAAGAUCAAGAAAGAACUGAAGGAAAUAAGAGAUGGGGAAGCAGAAGUGGACGGUAGCGAGAUAAGUGAAAGCAAAGAAGAGUCGAGCCCCUACAUGAAACGGUGCCGAGACAUAAACGAGUGCAUCAGGCAAGGAAUCGUCGUCGACGACGGUUUUUACAGAAUGGCGACGGACAAACGUGUCUCGGACGCGUUUUGGGAGCAUAGGAUCAAGGUACUGAUGAAGAAGAGGGAGUUCAUGGUCUCGGGAAAAUUGGAAGUUGAAGAGUACAUGGGCGCGAAUCCAAAAGAACAGGGCACACACAUUGCGAUAGACGAGAAUUACACAGAAGACAAGCGGAGAUAUACAGACAGAAUAGUGGACGAGCACGCAUGCGAACUUGUCGAGAAAAAAUCGUUCGUUUCAAAAAGAGCAAAAGAAAACGGGCAGGACAUGACGAUCAGAAUCUACACUCUCCGAGAAGCGAACGCGGACACCCUCAAAGAACAAAUCCAAGAUCUGAGCCUUGAAAAUGCCGAUGCUGCUCGCGAAAAACUGAAUGAAAUCAUCCUCUCGGCUCAAAUGCUUUCCAAAAAUCUCAACAAAAAUGAAAAUAGUCCUCGCUUGGAGCGAUUCGAAGAGAGCGAAAAGUCAAAGAACUACAGAGCUGGCGAAAACAAAAAGACAGAAAUUCUAUCCGAACUCAUAUCAACCACUUAA